AAACUAGAGAAAAUGAAAUCGAUAUGCCUUCAGUAUGCAUCAGCAGCUCAAUGGCUUGUUACAUACUCAAACGAUAGCCCCAACACUGAGAGUCCCAAUGCGGAUAGAUACAAAAAGCUGAAACUAAGAAGCCGAUCCCAGUUGCUGAAUGUCGCUCCCGAAAAUGCGACAGUUGUUGAAUCCAUCCU